CAUUUCAGUGUGUGUGUCGAGAGGAGGCCUCGUGGCGGUUGUUGGACAGGUUGGGGAGGGGAAGUCGUCGCUGAUAAACGCCAUUCUCAGGGAAAUGGUCGUCAUUGAAGGCACUACAGACGUGCAGGGCAGUAUUGCGUAUGUCCCCCAACAAGCCUGGAUUCAGAACGACACCUUGCAGCAGAACAUCCUGUUCGGAGCCCCCUUCGACAAAAAACGUUAUUACGCUGUUCUGGAGGCAUGCGCACUUGGACCGGAUAUUGAAUUACUCCCUGGAGGGGAUCAGACAGAAAUCGGAGAGAAGGGCAUCAACUUGAGUGGAGGACAGAAGCAGAGAGUGUCUCUAGCCAGAGCUGUCUACAACGAUGCCGACAUUUAUCUCUUUGAUGAUCCUCUCAGUGCUGUGGACAGCCAUGUUGGGAAACACAUCUUUGACAAUGUUAUUAGUAACAAAGGACGACUAAGUGACAAAACACGUGUCCUGGUGACCCACAACGUGUCUGUGCUGUCCAGAGUGGACACGAUUCUGGUCAUCAGCAACAAGUGUGUCCAGGAGCGGGGAUCCUAUGAGGAACUCAUGUCCAGAAACAGUGUCCUGAAGCAGGUGGUGUCCUCCUCACCUGUCGCAGAUAUUGAUCCAAAAUCGUGGGACACCGAAAAUAAGCCGACAGAUGAGAAGCGUGUUCUUGCUUCCAACAAAACUAACUCUGAACAGAAGGAGCUGGGCAAGCUGAUCGAGGAGGAGAGCGUAGGGUUGGGAGGAAUGAGGAUGAACGUAUUCUCCAAGUUCCUGGACGCCUUUGGUUCCACCCAUUGGUUGCUGAUAGGCGGGAGCUACUUCUUGUAUUACGUCACAGUAACUUUGGCCAACAUCUGGCUGAGUGUUUGGGCGGAGGGUACGGGUAGCCACUACUCAGGUGAACACCAUAACUCAACCAUACACCCGACACAGGGGCAUCAGCCGUCCAACGCCUGGUACAUGGCCAUAUACUUUGCGCUAGGCAUACUGCAAGCUGUGCUUGUCCUCUUCUACAGUCUUAUUCUCAAGGACUUUACAGUGUCGGCUUCAAGAAAGCUACAUUCAAAAUUGGUGGAAACGGUGUUGAAGUCACCAAUUAAAUUCUUCGACACAACUCCUUUAGGAAGAAUAACUAAUCGGUUUUCACAAGACAUAAAUACCAUCGAUAAGGAACUCCCCUUCACCUUUGAGAUUUGGAUGGAUUCGUGCUUUCAGACUUUGUGCUCUAUGUGUAUAGUGUUUUAUAGUGCCCCUGGAGUUGUGGUCCUGCUCAUUCCGUUGAUAUAUUGCUGUAUUGUGGUACAGAGAUAUUUCAUCAGUACGUCACGUCAGCUGAAGCGAGCCUACGUGAAGUCGCUAUCCAGUGUGUUGAGCUUCUUCAGCGAGACUUCCCAGGGAGUAGAGCUGAUCAGGGCCUUCAAUGAUCAGGAGAGAUUUGCAACUCGCUUCGUCCGAUUGGCUGAGACGCACAUGAAGUUUAACUACUACAACUUUAUAUCAAACAGAUGGCUGAGCAUGCGCCUUAGCUUCGCUUGCCACGUGAUCCUUGCAUCCACAGCGCUGUUGAUCUUCCUGGAAGGGGAUGCUGUCAGCAGUGGCGUGAUGGGGCUUGCUUUGUCCUUUGCAUAUGAGACAAGCAAUGAUCUCCGGUUGUUUAUCAUUAGAAGCACAAAACUUGAUCUCAUGAGUGUCUCCGUUGAAAAGAUAAUGCAAUACGUUGCCAUGGAAACAGAGGUAGACUGCUUCGACAGGGCUGAAAGCGUCCCUUCAGCAUGGCCGGAUAAAGGGAGUAUCCGAUACCGGAACUUUUCCCUGAGGUACCGCCCUGGAUUACAACUAGCGCUGCAGGACAUAAAUUUGUUAGUCAAACCAGGAGAGAAGGUGGGAGUUGUGGGUAGGACAGGGGCAGGCAAAUCUUCGAUGAUGCUCUCCCUUUUCCGUCUCAUCGAUCCCGUAGAGGGGGCCAUCAUCAUUGACGGCAUAAACAUCGCCGAUGUCCGGCUCUCCGAGGUCAGGUCAAGGUUGACCAUAAUUCCACAGGAUCCGACGCUAUUUUCGGAAACACUACGCGUGAACCUUGACCCAGUCGAGGCUUACGAUGACCAGGAGAUCUGGACUGCCUUAAGACACGCCCACCUUCACACACUGGUCAGUUCUCUACCUGGUCAGCUUCUCUACAAAUGCCAGGAGGGGGGCAAGAACUUCAGUAUUGGGCAGAGACAGCUUCUCUGCCUUGCAAGGCCUCUUCUACGAAAAUCCAAAAUUUUGGUGUUGGACGAGGCUACAGCAGCCGUUGACAUGGAAACAGAUGACUUAAUCCAGCAGACCAUCAGGUCAGAGUUCAAGGACUGCACGGUGCUGACCAUCGCCCACAGACUCAACACCGUCAUGGACUACGACCGAAUAUUGGUGCUAAACAAAGGGAUUGUCGAGGCUUAUGACACCCCAGAGAGACUACUACAGGACACCAAAGAUUUUUAUGCCCUCGCAAGACACGCUGGCAUAGUUUGA